GCCAAUCGACGAGAGGUGUACUCCAGUGUGGGUAGAUUCUCCCGUAGGAGCCAUGAGUUAUCAAAUGUCUUCGAAUCAAUCUAGACCAAUGUCUCACGGAAAUUAUCAAGGUUUGGGUGAUUUACCCAUGGGCUCUGCCAAAGAACAAACUUUAAUGUGGCAACAAAACUCUUAUCUGGGUGACUCUGGAAUUCAUUCUGGUGCCGUUACCCAAGCACCAUCUUUAUCGGGCAAAGAAGACGAUGAGAUGGAAGGUGAUCAAUUGAUGUUUGAUUUGGAUCAGGGAUUUGCUCAAGGUUUUACGCAAGACCAAGUCGAUGAAAUGAAUCAACAAUUGAAUCAUACAAGAUCUCAACGUGUUCGAGCAGCAAUGUUUCCAGAAACAUUGGAAGAAGGUAUAGAAAUUCCCUCUACGCAAUACGAUCCAGCUCAACCUACCGCUGUUCAAAGAUUGGCAGAACCAAGUCAAAUGUUGAAACAUGCAGUUGUCAAUUUGAUAAAUUAUCAGGAUGACGCAGAUCUUGCAACCCGCGCGAUACCUGAAUUAAUAAAAUUGUUAAAUGACGAGGAUCAAGUCGUUGUAUCUAAGGCAGCAAUGGUAGUCCAUCAACUUUCCAAGAAGGAAGCUUCUCGUCACGCCAUUAUGAAUAGUUCACAAAUGGUAGCUGCCCUAGUCCGUGCCAUUUCAAACAGUGAUGAUCUCGAAUCGACGAAGGCAGCAGUUGGUACCUUGCACAAUUUGUCCCAUCACAGGCAAGGUCUGCUGGCUAUUUUUAAGAGUGGCGGUAUACCUGCUCUUGUGAAGCUUUUGAGUUCCCCAAUGGAAUCCGUUCUCUUUUACGCAAUCACGACACUGCAUAAUUUACUCUUACAUCAGGAUGGUUCCAAAAUGGCUGUACGACUUGCAGGAGGGUUACAAAAGAUGGUCGCUCUACUUCAACGUGAUAAUGUCAAAUUUUUAGCUAUAGUAACUGAUUGCUUGCAAAUUCUUGCGUAUGGUAAUCAAGAGAGCAAAUUAAUUAUAUUAGCUUCUCAAGGGCCAAUAGAACUGGUACGCAUUAUGCGUUCAUACGAUUACGAGAAGCUUCUAUGGACGACUUCGAGAGCAUUGAAAGUGUUGUCCGUUUGUCUUAGUAAUAAACCGGUGAUAGUCGAAGCUGGUGGUAUGCAAGCACUUGCGAUGCAUCUCGGUAAUCCAAGUCAAAGACUCGUCCAAAAUUGUUUGUGGACGUUAAGAAAUUUAUCGGACGCUGGCACCAAAGUCGACGGAUUGGAAGGUUUAUUACAAAGUCUUGUACAAGUUCUUAGCUCUACCGAUGUAAAUGUCGUCACAUGUGCCGCUGGUAUUUUGUCUAAUCUGACUUGCAAUAAUCAACGUAACAAAGUAACGGUAUGUCAAGUGGGAGGUGUUGACGCUCUUGUGCGCACGAUCAUCUAUGCGGAUAGUCGGGAAGAGAUUAGCGAGCCAGCAGUAUGCGCGCUUCGUCAUUUAACGUCACGUCACGUGGAGGCAGAAAUGGCACAGAAUUCUGUCCGCCUAAAUUAUGGAAUUCAGGUUAUAGUAAAACUUUUACACCCGCCUUCGCGUUGGCCGUUGGUUAAAGCGGUGAUAGGAUUAAUUCGCAAUCUGGCACUUUGCCCCGCAAAUCACGGCCCUCUACGCGAUCACGGCGCGAUUCAUCAUCUGGUCAGGCUUCUGAUGCGUGCUUUCCCCGAAACACAACGGCAGCAACGCUCAUCCGUGGCAAGUACUGGAAGCCAGCAAGCGUCAGGUGCGUACGCAGAUGGUGGUGUUCGAAUGGAAGAGAUAGUGGAGGGUACUGUGGGCGCACUUCAUAUUCUCGCAAGGGAAUCUCACAAUAGGGUCAUAAUUAGAUCUCAGAACGUGAUUCCGAUUUUCGUACAGUUAUUGUUCAACGAGAUUGAGAAUAUUCAACGUGUCGCGGCUGGUGUACUCUGCGAGCUUGCCGCGGACAAGGAAGGUGCUGAAAUGAUCGAACAAGAAGGUGCUACAGCUCCUUUAACAGAACUGCUUCACUCUAGGAACGAGGGCGUCGCGACAUACGCGGCAGCUGUUUUAUUCCGCAUGAGCGAGGAUAAACCACAAGAAUACAAGAAACGACUGUCCAUGGAACUUACCAAUUCUUUGUUGCGCGAAGAUACGAAUCUUUGGAAUAACGCUGACUUUGGGAUGGGUCCAGAUCUACAGGUAUGCAAAAGUUCACGUUGUACCGAUGCAUGUUGUCUCGCUUAUGUCGUGGUUAAAUUUAUUUCGUUCACAACAAAACACUUUGUAACAUAGCCCCGAUUUUUGGUU